CAACAGCUUCCAGCAACAGUGGCAACAGGAUUUAUCCUAUCCUUGGAUGAAAGCUUGCACAAGAGCCAGAGAGCAUGGCCAUGGGAACCUCCUUCAGAGCUCCACCCUUCUUCACUCCUCCUCCUUUGCGAACCCCUCCAUCCCAUCCCUUCUUUGCUUCUUCCAGGACUUGUCUUGUCACCUUUGCUCUCAGAAGUUCUCUUCAUGAAAGUGAGGUUUUUGGAGAGGAUGUGAUGCGAAUGUUUGCAAAGGAGAGACAAUUGAAUGGGGAUUUUGUAUCAAAAGUUUCAGACAUGCUGUGGUGGAAGGAGAUGUUGAAAUUUGAAGCUUCGGAAACCAUUAACGUUGAAGGAGAUAAAGAACAGAACGACAGUGUGAAUGUGGUAGAUGAUGAAAAAUUGGGUGGAUUUCUGAAGCUUACUAGAACCAAAGAGUGGGUUUCUGGUGAUAACAUUGCUCCGGUGAACAGAAAAAUGGCUGCUAAGGAUUUCAAGAAUGACAGUGAAAGACAAAAGAAGCUAAACCUUCUCAGAUAUGAAGCUCUAAAGAGGGAGUUGUUGCUUUUAACCGCUGCUAUAGGCACAGCAUGCAGUGUCUAUUGUUUCAUACAAUUUUCUUUUGAGGCUGCAUUGAGCUAUGGUGUUGGAGUCCUCUUCAGUUGUUUGUACCUUCAGCUUUUGUAUUAUCACUCAGACAACAUGACAAGGGAUGAUGUCCCUGAAAUUUUCAAGCAGAAGAAGCUGAAGAAAAUUGGAAUCCGAAGUGAAGACUUGAAGAACACAUUGGAGAAAACACUGAAUGGGUGCACAAUGGCACUCUCCUCUCCAAGACUUGUGAUUCCUGCUGCUAUAUAUGGACUCUGGGCUUUGUCGCACAAUUUUGUCAACGAUUACUUCGAUUUUGAGCUUGUUCCAGCGAUGUUUGGCUUUUUUGCGUAUAAGGCCGCAGCCUUGGUUCAAGUUUACAGAGACAACGAGGACUUGGUAAUGGUGUUCCCCGACAAGGAAGAUGAAUCAAUUAACACUUAAAAGGUUAAGCAGAAUACUCCCUCAGACAAUUCGGGUUCCAUUGUUUCCAGUACUUUUUUUCUUGAAGCACAUUUGGGAGAAGGCACCACAUCCUGUGCUGUAUCUUUCUUGACAAUAAAUUGCGGCAAAUUUAACA